AUGGAGAAUGUCACAUUCACCCCCGGGCUGCUCCAGACUCUGCAGGUAUCGAACAGCACGCCCGGCCCCAGCUUGACCAGAUCCUAUGUGGUCGUGAGUCAGGUGGUGAGGGCCACUUGGUACGUUGUCAUUUUCGUGCUGGGGGUGGCCAGCAACCUGCUGCUCCUGCUGGCUCUGCUGCACAGCCUGCGCGAGGGAGGCGCCAGCCCCCUGCACAGCAUGACCAGCUUGCUCAUCCUCAACAGCGUCCUGGCCGACACCAUCUUUGUGCUCUACAACGUGCCUCUCAGCUUUGCCCAGAGCAUCUGGUGGGACCCGCGGUUCAUUACGGCCGCCUGCAUCUCCAGCCAACCCGUCACCAGCCUGGUGAUCUUUGUCAGCUUCUACAGCAUGGUGGCCAACUGCGUGUUCCGCUUCUUGGGCGUGGCGCACCCCACGAGCUCCCGGGGGCUCCGCAGGUGGCACAUGGGCCUCAGUUUAGGGGUCGUCUGGCUGGCCAGCAUCCUGACCUCCCUGCCUGUGUGCUUCUAUAUCCGCGUGGCGGAUGUGAACGGGACGAUAAGCUGCGUGCAGGUCAUGACCAAGGCUCAGGCCAUUCUCUACACCAUUCUCCUGGGAGCUGUGGCUUUCUGCCCCGCUGUCCUGCUCAUGGUGGCCCUGUACAGCAAGAUGAUCCACAUCCUCUGGAGCCGGAAGGGCGGGGGUGGAAACGUGCGGCAGAACAAGAGGGCCACGGUGAUGAUCCUCACCGCGCUGCUGGCCUUCAUCGUCAUGUGGAUCCCCUUCUGGGUGCUCAUUUUCGUGGUGGCGGCGGCCCAAGAGCUGCAGAGCUCCCCCACCCUGAUCUUCGCCUUGGGGGUGCUCGCGCUGCUGGCUUCCUCCAACUGCUUCGUUAACCCCCUCAUCUACCUCAUCCUGUCUCCGCACUACAGGAGGAGGCUGGCGCGCAUGUUCGGCUGCGGGCGGCUCGCAGACAGACUGGGCGCCACCACGCAGCUGGAGACAAACCCCGACACCGGGGCUACCACCUGA